AUGACACUCUUGUUUGCUGGAAUUGUGGGGGUGAGACCAUGCAGGGAGCUGGUGGUCCCUAUGGAUCUUUAUCCUACAGAUUUUCAGGCGGAGGUCGCAACUAUUAUGGAAUAUGCUUGUGAGAGUCUUCGUCUGCAUUAUAGGAAGUAUCUAAUAGGUAAACAACUAAAACUUUGGCAUACACUGAAAAGUACCAUACCACCAACCAACCAACCACCACCACCCAAUACCACCACCACCACCAUACCACCAACCAACCAACCACCACCACCCAAUACCACCACCACCACCACCAUACCACCAACCAACCAACCACCACCACCAUACCACCACCAAGACCACCAUACCACCAACCAACCAACCACCACCACCCAAUACCACCACCACCCAAUACCACCACCACCACCAUACCAUACCACCACCAAGACCACCAACCAACCACCACCACCCAAUACCACCACCACCACCAAGACCACCAUACCACCAACCAACCAACCACCACCACCCAAUACCACCACCACCACCAUACCAUACCAUAUCUAA